GGGGCCGCCCUCACUUCCUGGUCCGGGCGGGGGCAACAUGGCGGCUAGUGGCGGUGUGGUUCUGCUUUUGGUGGUCGCGUUCGGUCCUCUCGCCGCUUCGUUUUUCUCCUCGUCGCCCGUGGGCAGCCCCGGCGGGCCGCGGAGCCGCGUGCAGGUGCUGAGCGGCUCCAACUGGAGCCUGGUGCUGCAGGGCCAGUGGAUGGUGGAGUUCUAUGCUCCUUGGUGUCCAGCUUGUCAACAGAUUGAAUUGAUAUGGGAGAGCUUUGCCAAAGAAAGUGAGAAGUUGGAUAUCACUGUGGGAAAGGUGGAUGUUACUCAAGAGCCAGGAUUGAGUGGUCGUUUCUUUGUCACAACACUUCCUACAAUCUACCAUGCGAAUGAUGGAGUAUUUCGCAGAUACCGAGGCUCACGGACAUUGGAAGAUCUUCAAAGUUACAUUUUGGAGAAAAAAUGGGAAGCUGUGGAGCCCGUAGCAGGAUGGAAGUCUCCAUCUUCUAUAAUGAUGCAUGGUAUGGCAGGACUAUUUCAUCUCUCUGGGUGUAUCAGGCAAAUUCAUAACUACCUCACUGACACUCUUGGAUUUCAUGUUUGGAUGUCUUACGCAGUCUUCAUCUUGGCUACCUUACUGAUUGGCCUGUUCCUGGGUUUGAUGCUGGUUUUGAUUUCAGACUGCCUUUGUCCAUCGAAGUCGAAUUACAGAAACGAAACAUCUGAGGUAAUUACAAAGGAGAAUAUGGAGAAUGCAGAGAAUGCAGUGUUGGAAGAACCGGAGGAGGCCACAGAGCUUUCUGCAGAUGAUGCAGAAGAGGCUGCAGAGGUAAAAGAUCUCUCAGAAGGAGAAGAUGCACCAAAUUCAAGUGUUGAUGACUCUGAAGAGGACUUGGCACUUGGAAAAGAAUCAGGUGAAGAAGAAGAAAUGGAAGACUUGAACGAGCAGCCUUUGGCUGAUUCAGAGACUGAAAGCUCAGUAAGACAGCGUCGAAGUCAGGUGGCUGAUCAUGGACUGUAGUUUCUGGGGCGUAUUUUAUACACUUGGACCAAAGAAGUAUCAGACCCUGGGUCUGAAGCUGAAGCUUACACUUGAUUUAUCACUUGUGUUUACGGAAAACCUCUGCUCUUUUAGCAGGCUUUUCUUUUUCUUUUAAACUAGUAAUUAUUCACUGAGGUUUUUUUAUAGGUGUAUAUGCUGUGUAUUGUAUAACUUCAGCCAUGACAAUCAAAGUGAGCGUUAUUAUGUUUUUGUAGACUUGUAAGGGAAAAGGGGGUGAUGGAGUCUCAGCACUGACCUAAACAAGGCAAGGACUUUGAAUUCUUAAGUAGCUUGGAAGGCCUGUGACUUAUCUGUCUGAAUGUUAAUUUUUUCCUAAAGCCACACAAGCACUGGAUCAGCAAUAGAGCAGUGGAAGGAGAUUCUUUUACUAGUCUUCUGUUUAAAGACAUUGUAUACAAUUGAUUUAUUUUUAUUGCUUUCAACUGAAGCACCUUUCUAUCUUUCUUUAACAUUUAUUUUGAAAGUAUAUCAUGCGGUGUCCUUUGCUUUGUGCCCUGGUUUGUGUAGCCCCAGAUUUUUUUCAGACUGUGGUAAUUCAGAGGCUUGCUGCACAGCUUAGGCUUGUCAGCUGUUGUUUUUUGUUGGGUUGUUUUUUUCUGACCCAAGAAGUUUGAAUAAUCAAAAGCUUCAGGCCCAUGAAGAAUGACAGCUAGAUGCUUAAAUAUAUUUGUAAAAGAGAUUUAAAAGAAAUUAGUUUGGUCAGGGAAAACUUCUGCCAAAGCAUGACUCUUUUCUUUGGAGACUGUAGCAAGAAGUGCUCUUUUUGCAGCCAUAGAAUUGUGUAUUUCCUCCCCAACACAGGCUUGGCACAUGCAGUGCAUUUCUGCUGUUUCCACCUCAGAGUGGCUUUGGCAGAGCUCAAAGUGCUGUGGUGGUGGUAUUAAUUGAGGGGGCACUUAAGGGUUCACCUUUGUCACUUUUCUACUUUGUUACUAGAUUCAGCACAUUAGGAAAAGGGGGGGUCAGGGAUGAAAAGCAAGGAGAAGCUUUUGGUUUUGCUACUUUCAUCAAGGUAAAUGUAUAUCAAACUAUAUAAAGUGAAAAUGGCUUGCCGGGUAGACAACAUUAGAUAUGAUUAGCAAACUAAGUCAUUAAUGGUAUCUGUAUUUUCCUCCUUUGGUUGACUUGGUUAAUGGCUUUUUAGGUAAAGAAUAUUUACAGUGAGAUCGUGAAUGUUCCUAAUUUGACAUGUAAUCUCAUGUGCAUAAGAUGUAUCUUAAGAUUAACUUUUUUUUAUAUUGCAUAAAACUUGCUAAUGUGCAUGAAUUUCAUCUAGAAUAAAGAGUAAUCAGAUGAAAUCAUUUCUCUUACUAGAAGAGAAGUUGCAAGUGCAAAAAUCUAGUUUCCUUUGAGACUGAUAUUAUUAGGGCCAAUUUGUCUUGAAAUUUGACUUUUAAUGCUCAUAAGAGAGCAUAUUUACUCAACUUUACAAAGAAAGCUGAGCUUAACUGUUGCAUAUUGUGUCUUGGAACCAUAUAGUAGAAAGUUUAAAAUUUUCUUUAUACAACUGUAACAGAUAAUAUUACUCUGCAUAUAUUAAAUACAAUUUUUUAUGGAGCGUGCUGAGUUGGACUUGAAUCUCAUUCUCCAGUAGUGGAGAUAUGUAAAUAUGCUUUCGCAUAUGUGGAGGCAAUACAGUUGCACUAUAAAGUGAGCAGUUGUUUUGUGUUAUCUAUGUAUUCUUCCAUGUAAUUAAGAAGCUGUAGAAUCUCACAGGCUGCAGGACUCCAUGUCAGUUCAGAUAGAUUUAAUUAUUUUUUUUUUAAAGGUCAAACUAAGCACGUAUUUGCAAAACUUAAAUAUUUGUAGCUGCUGUAGAGGGAAAAACUGUGUAAGAGCACAGAGCACAGUUUUGUCAUUUCUAGGACAUAUUUGCUUUUUUCAUUAUCUAAAAUGCAAAUGAGACUUGAGCGUAUUUUGUGAGAUGACUGGGGACUGGUGUUACUUGGGCUUGUCUAAGAUAAGAACUGAUGUAUCCUUUCAAUCAUGGGUCCAAAGCUUCUUCAUGCUGAGGAAUAUGGAAGAACCGCAUCCAACAUAGGUUGAUGACAGCGAUGCCUUUGUGUACAGAAGAAAACAUUUUAAACUGUGUAGGGCAUUGUGACAUUUGUAAUGUGUCAGAAAGAAUAUGUAAGUAUUAAACUUCAUUCAGUUUCUUUCUACUUCUUUAAUAAUGUAGAGCCAGUCAUCUGAAUUUCUCUCUGUCUGUUUAGAGAUGCUCCAAACUUUGAAAAAUACGGAACAUCCUUAUUCCUCCCAGUGGCUUUGUCUUACACUGCUGAGAAUAUGAUAUAUUAAAGAAGUAUUAAGUGUUACGUCCUGUGUAUGCUCAGGAUCAGGUAUUUGGGCUUUUUGAAUGUUGAUAUGAAUGAGGUGUUCUCACAAGUGUUGUAUUCCAUUGUGCUGUCCUUGGUAUUUUUUUUUUCUUUUUAAGAACAAAAACCCCACAGAAGUGACACCUUGUCUGAGCAGGUGCACGGUUUCUGAGAAGAUGUCAAAAAGAUCAGAAACUGUUGUUCGAUUGUCUGUAGUCUUAAUUUACAGUUCUUGUUUUUGUGUAUCUCUGUUAUGUAUGGAUUAUUUGAAAUGAUGUCUGUAUUUUCCAUUGUAAUGAGCCAGACUACCAGAUCACUCUGAUGUGAAGAGAUUAAGUAAGCAGGCAGCAAGUGACAGCAGUACAUCUCUUUGUAGGUCUUCCUUGUGAAUCUGGGUGUCACUAAUUGGAAGCUUCUAAGGCUUCUCAAACAAUAUAACCUGCAUGUCAUUGGUCCUAUGUUUUUUAUGAAUAAAUUAGGAAGUAUGCUAACUUGGGUUUGACUGUAUUUGACAUGUAUAGCACUAUCUUAUUCCAGAGUUCAGCAAGUUAUGCUUAAAUGGUUGCAUAGCAGUUCCUAUUCUAAACUCUAAUCUUCAGCUUGACUUAACGUUUGCAAGAAAAUGUUGUAGCGUGGUAUUACAGACCAUUGCUGAAUUGUAAUAUUGUGUCUGGCAGACAACUAAGAAGUAGCAUGCUCUGUAAAGGUCUUUCUGUUAAGCCAAAGUGUAGCCACUGUACAGUAAGCAUGCAGUGUCAGUGUAUGUUCUAGAGUCAGCUGCUCUCCACUAAGAUGCAUUUCAGCUGAAUCAUACAGAUGCGGUACUUAGUAGAUAUUACUGUAGUAUUUGAUCAUUAUGUUGCCUUUAAAGUCGGUAUGAACAUCUUGUGCAAGAUGAGUGUUCUGUCAUCUGUCCUCUGUUAAGAUUGAUGUGUGUUUUUUAUUUAAUGGAAGUUCCUGCAAUCUCAGUAUAGUCAAAAUGUCCAUGGAGAAGCUGCUCUGAGCGCUGUUCAGAACAUUUUGGUUAAGGAUAAAGCUGUUAAACGUGAGGCUUGAAAACUAGAGCUAUAUGUAAAACAUGACUGAAGAUUUUUGAGAGCCAAUGUAAAUUUUGCAUGUGCCACUUUAAAAACCAGUCCUUGAUGGGUCUGAAUAUGAAUUCAUGAAGUCAAGUCACUCAAAAAAAUCCAGUGGGUUCCUUUUUAAAGAGGCUAGAAAUGCAGCCUUUCACAACUGCUGUCCUAGAGAUUUGUGUGAAAUGUGUGUACAAGUCUUGGAAUGCUGUAUAUGCUGCGCCUGUUCUGGGCAACACUUGCUCUGUGGGCUGUCUUCACUGAAAUGUCAUACAGAAUCUUUUAUAUUAAAGUUUCGCAGAUUUAUUCUA